CCCCGGUGUCCCCACAGGCUGCAGGACCUGGAGAGGGAUGAGGAGACCCUGAGUGAGAAGGAGAGCGUCCGGGAGCGGCUGAGCCUGAUCCAGGGUUUCCUGCAGGCGGAGGCGCAGCGGCGGCUCGGGGAGCUGGAGGCCAAGCUGCGCUGCCAGGAGCUGUCUGAGGAGCGGUACCUGGCGCAGGUGAAGGCGCUGCUGCACCAGGAGCUCUCGGCAACGGGCAACGGGGCCACCAAUGGGGCCAACAGGGCCACCAACGGGGCCAACGGGGCCACCAACGGCCGCGCCCGCAACGGCGCCUCCGGCAGCGACGAGGAGCAGGACGGGGCCGGGGACAUGGAGGAAGGGGUGGCCUCCUCCUCCUCCUCCUCCCCGUCCCUGCUGGGCCCCACCCCGAGGGCGAGGAAGGCCCGGAGGAGCCGAUCCAACGGGGAGAGCAAAAAGUCUCCCGCCAGUUCCCGGGUCACUCGGAGCUCCGGCCGCCAGCCCAACCAGCCCACCCUGCUCAGCCUCUUCUCCAAAGGAUCCAACAAGAGGAAGUCGGAGGAGGUGAACGGGGAGACGAAGCCGGAGGUGAUGAUGAACGUGGAGAAGGAGGAAGAGGAGCUGGAGGACAAGGAGCAAGAUGAGAAAAGGAUUAAAAUGGAAGCCAAAGACGGGUCGGAGCUCAGAGACGAAAUCCCUCAGGUUAAAAUAACCACCCCUGCUAAAACCACCCCUCCCAAGUGCGUGGAGUGCCGGCAGUACCUCGACGACCCCGACCUCAAGUUCUUCCAAGGGGAUCCCGACGACGCCCUGGAGGAGCCGGAGAUGCUGACGGACGAGCGGCUGUCGCUGUUCGACGCCAACGAGGACGGGUUCGAGAGCUACGAGGACCUUCCCCAGCACAAGGUCACCUCCUUCAGCGUCUACGACCGCAAGGGCCACCUGUGCCCCUUCGACACGGGGCUCAUCGAGAGGAAUGUCGAGCUCUACUUCAGCGGCGCCGUCAAGCCCAUCUACGAUGACAACCCCUGCCUGGACGGAGGGGUGAGAGCCAAGAAGUUGGGGCCCAUCAACGCCUGGUGGAUCACGGGCUUCGACGGCGGGGAGAAGGCGCUGAUCGGCUUCAGCACAGCCUUCGCGGAUUACAUCCUGAUGGAGCCGAGCGAGGAGUACGCGCCCACCUUCGCCCUCAUGCAGGAGAAGAUCUACAUGAGCAAGAUCGUGGUGGAGUUCCUGCAGAACAACCCCGACGUCAGCUACGAGGACCUGCUCAACAAGAUCGAGACCACCGUGCCCCCCGCGGGGCUCAACUUCAACCGGUUCACGGAGGACUCGCUGCUGCGCCACGCCCAGUUCGUGGUGGAGCAGGUGGAGAGCUACGACGAGGCCGGGGACAGCGACGAGCCCCCCGUGCUCAUCACCCCCUGCAUGAGGGACCUCAUCAAGCUGGCCGGGGUCACCCUGGGCAAGAGGCGAGCCGUGCGGCGCCAGGCCAUCCGGCACCCCACCCGCAUCGACAAGGACAAGGGGCCCACCAAGGCCACGACCACCAAGCUGGUGUACCACAUCUUCGACACCUUCUUCUCGGAGCAGAUCGAGAAGGACGAGCGGGAGGAGGACAAGGAGAACUCCACGAAGCGCCGGCGCUGCGGCGUCUGCGAGGUGUGCCAACAGCCCGAGUGUGGCAAGUGCAAGGCCUGCCAGAACAUGGUGAAGUUCGGGGGCAGCGGGAGGAGCAAACAGGCCUGUCUGCAGAGGAGGUGUCCCAACCUGGCCGUGCGGGAGGCGGACGAGGACGAGGAGGUGGACGACAACAUCCCUGAGAUGCCGUCGCCCAAGAAGAUGCUCCAGGGCAGGAAGAAGAAGCAGAACAAGAGUCGGAUCUCGUGGGUGGGGGAACCCAUCAAGAGCGACGGUAAGAAGGAUUAUUACCAACGGGUUUGCAUCGACAACGAGACCCUGGAGGUGGGAGACUGCGUGUCCGUGAGCCCCGACGACCCCACCAAGCCCCUCUACCUGGCCAGGGUGACAGCCAUGUGGGAGGACAGCAGUGGGCAGAUGUUCCACGCCCACUGGUUCUGCCCCGGCUCCGACACGGUCCUGGGGGCCACGUCGGACCCGCUGGAGCUGUUCCUGGUGGACGAGUGCGAGGACAUGCAACUCUCCUACAUCCACGGCAAGGUCACCGUCAUCUACAAGGCGCCCUCGGAGAGCUGGUCCAUGGAGGGCGGGCUGGACAUGGAGAUCAAGAUGGUGGAGGACGACGGCAGGACCUACUUCUACCAGAUGUGGUACGACCAGGAGUACGCCCGCUUCGAGACGCCGCCCACCAGCCAGCCCAGCGAGGACAACAAGUACAAGUUCUGCAUGAGCUGCGCGCGCCUGGACGAGGUGAGGCACAAGGAGAUCCCCAAGGUGGCCGAGCCCCUGGAGGAGGCGGACGGGAAGAUGUUCUACGCCGUGGCCACCAAGAACGGCGUCCAGUACCGCGUCGGGGACGGCGUCUACCUCCUGCCCGACGCCUUCUCCUUCAGCGUGAAGCCGGCCAGCCCAGCCAAGAGGCCCAAGAAGGAGGCGGUGGACGAGGAGCUGCACCCCGAGCACUACCGGAAGUACUCGGAGUACAUCAAGGGCAGCAACCUGGACGCGCCCGACCCGUACCGGGUGGGCAGGAUCAAGGGCAUCUUCUGCAACAUCCGCAGCAACGGCAAACCCAACGAGGCCGACAUCAAACUCACCAUCUACAAGUUCUACAGGCCCGAGAACACGCACAAGUCCAUGAAGGCCAGUUACCACGCCGACAUCAACCUGCUCUACUGGAGCGACGAGGAGGCCACGGUGGAGUUCCGGGCGGUGCAGGGACGCUGCUCCGUGGUCUACGGGGAGGACCUGACCCAGAGCAUCCAGGACUAUUCCUCGGGGGGCCUGGACCGCUUCUACUUCCUGGAGGCUUACAACGCCAAAACCAAGAGCUUUGAGGAUCCUCCCAACCACGCCCGGAGCUCUGGGAACAAAGGGAAGGGGAAGGGGAAGGGGAAAGGGAAAGGCAAAGGGAAGCCGGUGAGCUCCGAGCAGAGUGAGGAACAGGCCGAGCUCAAACUUCCCAAGUUACGGACCCUGGACGUGUUCUCCGGCUGUGGGGGGUUGUCCGAGGGCUUCCACCAGGCAGGGGUCUCGGAGACGCUGUGGGCCAUCGAGAUGUGGGAGCCGGCGGCGCAGGCGUUCCGGCUCAACAACCCCGGCACCACGGUGUUCACCGAGGACUGCAACGUGCUGCUCAAGCUGGUCAUGGCCGGCGAGAAAACCAACUCGCUGGGCCAGAAGCUGCCCCAGAAGGGGGACGUGGAGAUGCUCUGCGGGGGCCCCCCCUGCCAGGGCUUCAGCGGCAUGAACCGCUUCAACUCCCGCACCUACUCCAAGUUCAAGAACUCCCUGGUGGUCUCCUUCCUCAGCUACUGUGAUUAUUACCGGCCCCGCUUCUUCCUGCUGGAGAACGUCCGGAAUUUCGUGUCCUUCAAGCGUUCCAUGGUGCUCAAGCUCACCCUGCGCUGCCUCGUCCGCAUGGGCUACCAGUGCACCUUCGGGGUGCUCCAGGCCGGGCAGUACGGGGUGGCCCAGACCCGGCGCCGGGCCAUCGUCCUGGCGGCGGCUCCGGGCGAGAAGCUCCCGAUGUUCCCGGAGCCGCUCCACGUGUUCGCGCCGCGGGCGUGUCAGCUCAGCGUCGUCGUGGACGACAAGAAGUUCGUCAGCAACAUCACCAGGACGUAUUCCGGGCCUUUCCGCACCAUCACGGUGCGGGACACGAUGUCGGACCUGCCGGAGAUCCGGAACGGGGCCUCGGCCCUGGAGAUCUCCUACAACGGGGAGCCCCAGUCCUGGUUCCAGCGGCAGAUCCGCGGCUCCCAGUACCAGCCCAUCCUCAGGGAUCACAUCUGCAAGGACAUGAGCGCGCUGGUGGCGGCGCGGAUGCGGCACAUCCCGCUGGCGCCCGGCUCCGACUGGAGGGACCUGCCCAACAUCGAGGUGCGUCUGUCGGACGGGACGACCACGCGGAAGCUGCGCUACACCCACCACGAGAGGAAGAACGGCCGGAGCAGCUCCGGGGCCCUGCGCGGCGUCUGCUCCUGCGCCGAGGGGAAGCCGUGCGACCCGGCCGACCGGCAGUUCAACACCCUCAUCCCGUGGUGCCUCCCCCACACCGGCAACCGGCACAACCACUGGGCCGGGCUCUACGGGCGCCUGGAGUGGGACGGGUUCUUCAGCACCACCGUCACCAACCCCGAGCCCAUGGGCAAGCAGGGCCGAGUGUUGCACCCGGAGCAGCACCGGGUGGUGAGUGUGAGGGAAUGUGCCCGUUCCCAAGGAUUCCCGGACACCUACCGGCUCUUCGGGAACAUCCUGGAUAAGCACAGACAGGUGGGCAACGCGGUGCCCCCUCCCCUGGCCAAGGCCAUCGGGCUGGAGAUCAAGGCCUGCGCUGUGGCCAAACUGCGCCAGGACACGGCCGGUUCCCGGGUGGCACCGAUGGAGCCGUUGGAGCCCUUGGAAGCUGCCGGCUGAGGCGGCACCGGAGCCCGGAGAGACCCCUGGGGGGGUCUGGGGGCCUGGGGCUGCCUGGGUUGGUUUGGCUGGUUUGGGCUUUUCUGGGGAUUUUUGCUUUGCUUUGUUUUUC